AUGAUUAGAAAGUGUGAGUUUUAUAAGUUGAAUAAAUUUUCAUAUAUAAAACUGUUCAAAUAUGCAGUUGUUGUGACAGGACCUAUUUUCAGAAGUUUAAGAACUUCACCAAAAGUAGCGUCUAAGAGGAAAAUCCCUCUGUCAAGUAUUAAUGAUAACAACAAUAACAGGUAUAAAUCUAUUACAAGAGGUGCGGAUAUAUCUUUUGAUUUAUAUAAGGUUAUUAACCCCUCACCAGACUCUAUUACAAUCAAUAUUAACGUUAAAAAUACAAAGCAGGAAUUGUUAAAUGUAGAUAAAUUAGGUAUUACAUGUUUUUCUAAACCUCCCGAAUUAGCGUUUGGUUUGGAUCGUGUUCUUUAUUCUCCAGUCAUAUUACAUCAACUAUACGAUAAUCGAUCAGGUGUAUAUAAUUUUGAUCCAAAAGUUGAAACAAUCUCUCCUAACUUCUUAGAAAGAAAAGUUGAAAAUAUUAUUGACUUUGGCAAAGAAAACAAAAUAAGCGGAGGGAUAUCUUUUAUUACACCACAUAAAGAUAAAAAUUUGCUUAAAAUAGCCAAAUUCUAUUCUAAAAAAUAUAUAUCUUCUACAAGUUCUAUGACAGCUGUAUUAUCACAUUUACAUUUCUUAUUAUCUAAUUUUAGGAAAUUAAACAUUAAAAACUCCAGUGUAUCCAAUACUUUCCCUCAUAAAUACUAUAAUUUCACCAGGGGUGCCCAACUUUCUGCUACAGUUCUACUUCGACGAAAAACUAACGUUAUAACAUCUAUUGAUUCAGAUAGAAGUCUAGAUAGGGAGAUUAUAUUGUCAGUAUUAGGACAUUCGCUUGAAGAUUUUUUGACUACUCGGGAUUCAGAUGAUAAAGAAGAACACUAUCAUUAUUCAAAAAUAGAUGAUUUUAUUAUUAGAUCCCAGUUAGAUGCUUAUGGGAAUCGUUUACCUGGUUCGGGGAUAUUCGAUUUGAAAACAAGAGCAGUGGUGAGUGUUCGGCAUGACUUAUCGUAUGUACAAAAAUAUGGUAAUUUCACUGGUUACGAAAUUGAUAAAGUUUAUGGUGAAUUUGAAUCUUUGGAAAGAGAAUUUUUUGAAGUAAUAAGAUCUGCUUUAUUAAAAUAUUCUUUGCAAGCAAGGAUGGGAUUCAUGGAUGGGAUAUUUUUAGCAUAUCAUAAUAUAGCUAAGAUAUUUGGCUUUCAAUAUUUACCCCUAGAAGAAAUUGACUAUAUCAUACAUUCUGGAUAUAAUACCGCUUUUAAAAAAAUAUUAGAUCAACGACAAUAUAUUUUUGAGAAAAUAUUUGGUCAAGAAGACUUUAUAAUAAACCAUCAAAGAAAUGAAAAAGAAAUUGCCAAUAAAGUAGCGGAUUCAGAAUUCAAAAUGUCAAUUGUGUUAUUGAGGAAUGUAUUAAGAUUUGUGGAGCUCAAAUUAAAAGAGAGGGAUUUAAAUUGGAAAGUUGCGAAGGUAAUUUUUAAGACCGAGAAAUUAAAAGUGAAAUUAAAAAAUGGGUAUACAAUUUCAUAUCCAGUUUUAAAUAUCUUGGCUUUCCCAUUAACUGAUGAAUAUGAAGAUAUACCAUUACCACCAAUAAGUAAUUUUGAAGAUAUUGAUUCCUUAAAAACACAACUGGAUAUAAUAAAAAACCAGUAUGAAACAUUAAUUAAAAAUGUUAAAAAGAAUAAAAGUAUAAUUGGAUUUAAAGUUCAUGUGCUGCAUAAACAAAGACAUCAUAAGAAUUCAGUAAAUCUACCUGAUUAUAUUAAUGAAAAGUUUUUAUCAAAGGAAGAACGCAAAUUUGUUAUCAAAGAGAUUAAAAAAAAUUAUUACCAAAAAGUCUUAUUUGAUACUCCUAAUUUUUUUCACCCAUUUGAUGUAGAUCAAUGGCAGAUUGAAGCAACUAUUACCCCCAUCCAUGAUACUUCAAAGAUGGUAUCAACUUACCGUAAAUAUUUAAAUGAAAAAAUAGAAGCAUUAAAAUUUCAAAGUUUUGUUAAGGAAACAGAUCAAUCUUUGAAAAGUUCUAGGAUAUCUAAAAAUAUUAAACAAUUAUUGGAAAACACGGUACCUCCUAAAAGAAAGAAGAAUGUAGACUUUAAUUCAGUUUUGGAUACUGAACCUACUGAGUUUCAAAAUGUUUUAAGAGCAUACUCUCUUAGAUGUUUAAAGAAGAAAAAACAUAGAAAUAUAAAACUAUAG